GGUUUUUCCAGUUGGCAUCUCAUAGAAACAGCGAUGGCCGCGGUUCCGGUUCAGUCUCUUCGGGUGUCGGAUAUUAAAGACCCGACAGUGUUGUUUGAGCGCUACAGCACCGAUGAAAUCCGCACGGUGGAGCGUAAAGUACGCGGGGAGAUCGAGCAGAAGAAAGAGGAGCUGCGGCAGAUGGUAGGAGAGAGGUACAGAGACCUGAUCGAGGCUGCAGACACCAUCGGGGAGAUGAGGGAGUGUUCAGAGAAAGUGGUUCGGUCCAUCCAGGACAUGCAGAACUACUGUCACACACUGAAACAGAACAAACACACUCCUCAUAGCAGCAGAGCAGAGGUUGAGAAACAGUCACAGGAGAAGUUCUACGCCAUGGCGGCUCAGAUAAAACUGCUGCUGGAGAUGCCUGAGCGGAUGUGGAGUGCGCUGGAGGGAGCUCAGUACCUGCAGGCCACACAGCUUCACCUCCUCUGUGCUCACCUGCACCGGCUGCUUCACCUGGACACGCCCACCGCCUCGUACAGCCCCGUCCUGAGCCGCUUCCCCAUCCUCAUACAGCAAGUGGCUGCUGCUGGACACUUCAGGUCUACAAUCCUGCUGGACAGUAAGUCAGUGUUGCGGGGCCGAGCCGUAUCGGAUCAAGCGAUCGCUGAAGCCCUGGUGUCCACCAUGCUUCUGGAAGACAGCUCACCUCGCCAGGCCCUUGCAGACUUCCUGCUGGCCAGAACAGCAUCCAUACAGCAGCUUCUCAAGCAGCCUCAGCAUGGAUCUGGGAUUAAAGCACAGGUCUGCUCUCUGGUGGAGUUAUUAGUCACCACGCUUUAUCAGGCCCACGCUGUAUUCUACCUGCCCCCAGAAGGCCGUGCGGCAGAACCUGGGCUCGGCUACGGGCUACUCUUCGCUACCUUGGAGAACGUCACAUCCGGUAAAGGCAGGAAGGUGUUGCACGGUGAGGUGAGUGCAGGCAGCUGGUUUAAGUAUCUGCCUUCCUCAGUGACGGAUUUCCAGCCUGCGCUGCGAACACUGGCUCAACCCAUCCAGAGCGAACAGCUCCGGGACACACUGCAGCACUGGAUCGACACAUGUAAAGAGGACAUGCGCAGUGGCAUGAGCAGCCUGCUCAUAUAUGUGAAGAGUGUGAAGGGUUUGGCCUCCAUCAGGGACACGGUGUGUGACCUGCUGAGCAGCGACUCUAUCAGCCAGCACUGGAGCGGAGUGUGUGAGCGUCUGCUGGAUAAACCGCUGGACCUGUGGCAUGACCUGCUGCAGCCACUUUUCCUGCACAGACUGCAGGUCAUCACUCAGGAGGGCAUGGAGUCGAUCUCCAGUAGCUGCAAACAGCUGUUAUCUUCCACACUGCAGGAACUGGAAGGCGAGGCAUCGAGCCGUGGGUCUCGUUUUGAGAGUGACGUGUCGUCGUUUCUUUGGUGCGAGUCUCAGUCUGACCUGCCGAGCGAUGCCGCGUGGGUGAAUGUGUCUCAGCGCAGCUCACGGCCCGAAAGCGCCUUGUCCAUGAAGACUCACGCCCUCACACCACGUGUCCAGAACUUCUGCGCCGCCCUUGACUCCAAACUUAAAGCCCAGCUUGAGGAUCUGGGGUACUUCCUGCCCUCGGAUGCUCCCGUAUCAUGUAUGAAUCGCUACACGGACGGGCCAGCGGUGGAGCAGGCGCUGCGCGAGCGCUGCACUGCGUGUCUUAUGGACAUCAUGAGCAGUGCCCGCACCGAGCUCAUAGACUCCUCAGGUCGAAUGAGCUCUGUCCUUUUCCUGGCCAGACUGUGUCAGUCUCUGGGGGAUCUCUGCCCCAGCCUGAAACAGUGCAUUCUGGGCCGGCAGGGGGAGAGCAGAAACACAGGAAGUCCCCGGGUCCAAAGCAGGAAGUUGGGAAAAGCGGGUGUGAGUAAAGGUGUGGAGCUCAGCCCAGCUCAGGUCACAUGGGCCAGAAUGAAGGAAGAGCUGCUUGCCUGCAGCAUGGAGGCAUAUCGCAUUUGGAGCUCUGCUGUGUCCCAGAGUUUAGUGAAGAACUUCACCAGUUCUCUGCACACUACAACAGCCGGCUCGGUCCUAAUCACUGCCACAACCUGGGAGGAACUGGAGAUCCAGGAAGAGGCGGAGUCAGGCAAUACAGUUGUGUCUAAAAUCCAACUCCCAGUCCAGCCCUCAUGGUAUGUUCAGUCAUUGCUCUUUCACCUGUGCCUGGAGGUGAAUAAGGUUGGAGGUCACGCUGUGCCAAGGAUCACACUGACUGAGCUGCUGCGAGCCUGUCUGGAUCAAGUUCUCACAGAAUACGAUAAGCUCACUCAGAACAAGGAUGUAGUCCCCCCCAUCACUCAGAAUCGAGGCCUGCAGCUGCUGUUUGACGUGCGCUACCUCAGUGCCGCUUUAACAGCUCGGACAGAGGACACCAGGAGCUCACGCUCACACAUGCAGCCCAGGAUCCAGCAGAUUUGUGACGCUCUAGAGAGCCACAUUGAUCCGUUCGACCUGGACGUCUUCACUCCUCACCUGAACAGCAACCUGAACCGGUUGACUCAGAGAACUUCGGUGCUCUUAGGCCUUUUAACUGGCGCAGAGAAGCAGUUCACUCCCAGAAGCAGUAAUGUGAGCUCACAGGAGCCGUACAACAUCCUUCCACUGGCCAGCAGUCAGAUCCGAUUUGGCCUGCUGCCGCUGAGUAUGACCAGUUCCCGGAAAGCCAAAUCAUCUUCUAGAGCAUCAGAUAUCACCAGACCGCUUAUUGCUCCCUCGACCAAUCCCAUUCCAGAAGACACCUUCCGACCCGGGAACCUCUUCAGGCAGUUAGCCAGUCAGGAAGAGGAACCUGUUGGUCCCUCCCUCUUCAAGUUAGGCUGGCUUUCUGGCAUGGCCAAGUAAUUUAUUCUUGGGUGAAGUGUAAGGUUUUUAAUGUGUUAUUCACAUUCUGUAUAAAUAAUAUAUGCCUAUAAAUAUGGUUUGAGAUAUA